AUGGCGGGCAAGUCUAAAGCACGAACCAUUAUAGUGCGAAUGAUCUCCACUGCCAGGACUGGCUACUUCUACACUACCCAAAGAUUGCGUAUAGGUCCCAAACUUGCUGCAGUGAAGUAUGAUCCAAAGGUCCGGUCACGAGUAUUGUUCGUAGAGAGCAAGAAGACCGCGAAGUAG